AUGUUUCGUUUCUUCUCGCUGCGCCUGGCGCCGGCACCGUCAGCUGAUGCGGCGGCUAAGCUCCCAGCAGGAAAACCUGCGAACAAGUCGUGGUUUCGGCACAAUUUAAUAAUCCGGCGAAAAGCAUCAUACCGGUCACGAUGGGGAACCGGUGCUGAGGGGUAUGGCACAGGCGUGCCGUUUAGUGACCAGGUGAAACUCCACUGUGUUGACAACACAAACUGUAAACAUGUGCGACUUAUAUCGAAAGCAACAGCGGAGCGCUUUGCCCACUGCCGCGUCUUCCCUGCGGUAGCUCAUCGCGUGUCAGUUCAGCGUUUCAAGUCUGGGCGGGGUGAAGUAAGUCGCCAUCGUGUAAAACCUGGAAAUAUCUAUUGGGUGUGUCUACUUUCCCGCAGGCAGACGAAUACGAGGAUGAGCGGACUUCGGACAAAUUUCGAUAGGAACACGUGCAUUCUGAUGAACGAUCAGCGUGUACCAUUAGGCACCCGCGUCAUGUAUUGUGCGGGGCGGCACGUGAAUCAUAAAUACCACUUAAAGGCGGUUGUGCUCGCAAAUUUUUUUGUCUGA